AUGGAGCCUGCAGCAAAAAGACUGAAGAGUGUUACUGAGGAGCCUGCAUUAGAGGAUGCAACAGACAGCAAGGAAGCAGGAGAGACAAGCACCUGUGUCCAAGCUGAUGGUACAGGCAAUGUAAGGGAGUACACAGCUGAAGAUCUGUCUAAAGAGAGGAAAUUCUCUGAGGAACCAAAGGCUCCUGAGGUGUUGAGCUCUGGAGGUUCACUGAAAGUGACUAUCCAGCAGAGCAGUGAGAGCAGAGCUAUCAGUACAACAGCUCUGAAACCAGGGCACUGGACCUGUGAGGUGGGCACAGCUGAUCCCAGCCCUGAAUCAGUCCUUAAAUUCUACUGUUACAUCUGCAAGACCAACUGCUGCAGUCAGCAGAAUUUCCAAUCCCAUAUGGCUGGAAUUCAGCACCAGCAGCGACUUGGGGAGAUUCAGCACAUGAGCAAUGUUUGUUUUGUUUCACUACUGCCCAUGGUGAAGGAGCAGAAAGUGCUGGCAGAGAAAGAUGGAGACACCCAGCAGAGAUGGUGUAACACUUGUCAGAUACACUUCACAGGGGACCUGAUCAAACAUCGCAGGACCCAAGAACACAAGCUGGCCAAACGUUCACUCCGUCCUUUCUGCACCGUAUGCAGCCGCCACUUCAAGACCCCUCGCAAAUUCGUGGAGCACAUGAAGUCCCCUGAGCACAAACAGAAAGCCAGAGAGGUGAGGCUAGGAGAGAAGGAAUUGGGUAGCCCGGAAGAUUCGGAGGAGUUGAUCACAGUGGAUGCUGUUGGCUGUUUUGAAGAUGAUGAUGAUGAAGAGGAGGAAGAGGAGGGGGGAGCUGUUGAAGAGGAAGACCUUGAUGUAGUGUUGACAGAGAACAAGGAUUCUGCUGCCAAGCAGACUGGGCUGAAGGAAAUGUCUUUGGAGGAUUACGAAGGAAGCGAGAAGUAUUGUCCAGACACAGCCUAUGGCCUGGAUUUUCUGGUCCCCGUCGCAGGUUACCUCUGCAGGCUGUGUCACAAAUUCUACCAUAGCGACUCUGCUGCCCGGCUCGCACACUGCAAGUCCCUGAUGCAUUUUGAGAACUUUCAGAGGUACAAGGCAGCGAGGCAUCGUGCCACAGCUGCCUACCCCGAGGCUCCUUUGCAUUCCCAGGGCUCCAGCUCCCAAGUGCUGGAUGAUCUGAAACAGGCUCCUGCUACAGCAGCAGAUACGAGUAAGAGGAUGAAUGAUGAUCAUGGGAUAGACGAGAAAGGCACAGAGCUGCCAGCCCUCCAAGAACAAGCUUGGAGGUCUCUGGAGGGCAAGGGUGAGCUGGCCACCUCUGUAGCAGAGGGUGAAAGCCCAGCCAGCGUGACUGAUGAUGUGUGUGGAAUCAUGGUGGUAGAAGAAGAAAAUCUACAUGAAAAGAGCAAGUCCACUGCCCCUAGAGCCGACUGCCCACCCCCGGGGGAGAGCCGUGCCCUGGGGGCCUUGCUGGGACACACCUUGUCUGAGGAGGAAGCCAGUGCAGCCAGGCCAAGGGAAGGCACAGCUGAUCCCCAGGAUCCAGGCAGUGGAGGCGGUUUAGGACAGAAUGAGGAAGCAAACACGGGCCAAGAGGCAGAGCCUUCCUCCCUUGCCAAAGGUGAGACAGCUGGUCUUGCCUCUGCUGGGGGCAGACGCUCUACUAGGCGCAAACCCAGAUAGAGUGGCCUUAAAGGGAGAGCCCUUCCCAUAGGAUAUGUGCUGGAAAUGUUUAUUUUCGGAGUCUUUUAAUAGAGAAAAAACCUUCAACUUUACUGCUGUUUUUAUUUUAAGAAUAAAAUAAGCCUGGCUUUAGCGUGUCUAAUA